GUUCUGUCUGUCCUCUUCUGUCUUGUCUGUUAUGUCUGUCCUGUCUUGUCUGUCCUGUCUUGUCUGUCCUGUCUUGUCUGUCCUGUCUGUCGUGUCUUGUCUGUUCUGUCUAUCUUGUCUGUCCUGUCUUGUCUGUUCUGUCUGUCCUGCCCUAUCUGUCCUGUCUUGUCUGUUCUGUCUGUCCUGUCCUAUCUGUCCUGUCUGUCCUGUCUGUCCUGUCUGUCCUGUCUGUCCUGUCUGUCCUGUCCUGGCCGAAUUCGGCGUUUGAUCCGCCCGAGCAGAUGAACGACUGGAUCGGAGCAACACGACACAAGAACCCGGCGAUCUCACCAAUAGCUCUAUCACGCGGCCCAGGAUGUACUCCACUCCACUCCACUCCACUCUGGAUCGAAUGCCCCCACAACAAAUUACAGCCGGCCACAAGCCCGCAAUCCAGCCAUCCGGCGCCAACCCUCCACCCUCCACCCACCACCACCCGACUCACGUGCAACACUUCACUUGCGAGGGCCUGUACGUGCAUAAAAUGUAUGAAAAUCCUCAAUAUCGUGGUGCUGGCCUCGGGCAGUGGCCGGAGGAUCGGAUCAUUCAUUUACCUGAUCACCGUCCCCGUGGUGUCAAUGUUUCAUACCAGAGUAUGCACUAGCUGCAGACACGUCCGCUUCAGUACGACGAUGCCGGGAACGGAACCGGAGCUCACAUCACGCCUUUAUCCGCUGCAGGCACAUUUACCGUGCAACGGCACCCGGAGAGAGGGCCGAAGACACAAAGUCGGUCGCAGAUUGCUGCUUGUAACAGUAAAUGAGGCCGUAGUGCUUAGUGCUCGGCGAUGUUCAGAGAGGAAGCAUCGUGGAUUUCCACAUUGCACGGUGGCCAGAACGGUGGUUCGUCGACCAUGCCGGUGGUGUCGUCGGUUUCCUAGGCGAUCAGAUCCAAUGCUCCUCCAUUUGGUGGGCAGCUGAACUCUGUUCCCCAUGUGUUCGUUUUGCCUUCUGUGCACCUUGCGAAAUUCCUAAGGGCUCAGUGCGGCGAAGCCGAUUCACCCGGAAGCGACGCAUUUCCGAGAAUUCCAUGGCUCCCACCCCAGGCGCCGGUGCAGAGAACUUCAAAUUCUGUGUCUCUUUCGACUACAGCUAUGGUGACUCCGUGCACUUACCAGCUUUCGGUGCCAUCCAUCGUGUCGGCACGUUCUCUUGGCGAGUGUGAAGCAUCGGGAUCUCAGAGCGACUGGCUGGUGAUUCCCCAUACAGCAAAGCGGACGCCAA